GCCGUACCCAUGGAGCGAGCUGAAAAUGUGAUUCUUUCUCUUUUUAGCUCAAUAGCUGGAGGGUUACCUGGGGUGAAAACUGAUACUGGUCAAUAAUGCCUGUGAGCCUGGGAGUUAGCCUUUAGAUUGGGUUUGUCUAAUUGUUUAUGCAAAUGCUGCAGUUUUGCUUGCCUCUUCUUUGGAGAAGGUCAACUGAAGCGAUCACAGAAUGGCCAAGUGUAAAAACACUUCUAAAAUCCUCUUGGCUUUUCUGUACUGGUUUGCUGUAGCACUGUGGAAAUGGUAUUGUGAUUUUUGGUGCCAAGAUACUACAGCAAGGAAGAUGAGAAGGUUCUUAAGACCCGGACAUGAUCCAGUGAGAGAAAGGCUUAAACGUGACCUUUUCCAGUUUAACAAGACCGUGGAACAUGGAUUUCCCCAUCAACCCAGUGCACUGGGCUAUAGCCCAUUUCUCCGCCUCAUGGCCAUUGGAACGCGAUCGGGAGCCAUCAAACUAUAUGGUGCUCCUGGGGUGGAGUUCAUGGGUUUACAUGAAGAAAACAAUACUGUAAUGCAGAUUCACUUUAUACCUGAUCAGUGCCAGCUGGUGACAUUGCUAGAUGAUAACAGCUUGCAUCUCUGGAGCUUGAAGCAGCACAGUGGAGCAUCUGAGCUGCGGGAGGAGAACCGCUUCACCUUGAAAGGGCCACCUGGGUCUCCACCAAGUGCCACGCAGAUAACAGCUGUCCUUCCCCAUUCCUCCCGGGAAGUCCUGUAUCUUGGCACAGAGAGUGGCAACAUCUUUGUCGUGGAGCUUCCGUCAUUCCGAGUGCUGGAGGACAGGACCAUAACCUCUGAGGGCGUGCUGCAGCGGGUACCAGAAGAUUAUUGUAACAGGCGAUCGUGUGAAUUGGUGGAAGCCCUUCGGGAGCACCCUAAGAACCCUGACCAGAUCCUGAUUGGAUACAGCAGGGGCUUGAUUGUCCUCUGGGACCUGCAGAAUAACAAAGCCACACACCAUUUCCUGGGCAGCCAGCAACUGGAGAACCUCUACUGGCAGAGGGAUGGCAGUAAAUUCAUUAGUUGUCACUAUGAUGGAAGUUACACCCAGUGGCCAGUAUCCAGUGACAACAGGCAGCCUGAGCCUCUGGAAAACCUUGUGCCUUAUGGUCCUUUUCCUUGCAAGGCCAUCUCCAAGAUUUAUUGGCAGACAACAAAAAAUGGGCUUCCUUACAUUAUAUUCCAAGGAGGGAUGCCCCGGGCCAGCUAUGGUGACCGGCACAGUAUCUCUGUUGUCCAUGGCAGUCAGCAAACAGCCUUUGACUUCACGUCACGGGUGAUAGACUUCUUUAUAAUCUUCAGUUCGGAGCCUACUGCAGAGUUCGAUGACCCUUCUGCUAUGGUGGUGCUGGCAGAAGAAGAGCUGGUAGUUAUAGACUUGAAAACUGCAGGCUGGCCAGCAGUCCACCCUCCAUACCUGGCUUCUCUCCAUUGCUCAGCCAUCACCUGCUCACACCACGUCUCCAACAUCCCACUGAAACUGUGGGAGAGGAUUAUCAGUGCUGGGAGCAAGCAGAACAUUCACUACUCAAAUAUGCCGUGGCCGAUUGAUGGUGGCACCAACAUAGCUCCAGAUCCUCCGCAGAGGGACUUGCUUCUAACAGGGCAUGAAGAUGGCACUGUGCGGUUUUGGGAUGCAUCUGGUGUCUGCUUACAUCUCCUUUAUAAGCUGAGCACAGUGAGGGUAUUUCUCACAGAUGCUGAUCCCAAUGACAAUAUGAACACCCUGGGUGAGGAUGAAUGGCCUCCGCUUCGCAAGGUUGGUACCUUCGACCCUUACAGUGAUGAUCCAAGACUUGGGAUCCAGAAGAUCUACCUGUGUAAAUACAGUGGAUACUUGGCUGUAGCUGGUACAGCAGGACAGGUACUGGUGAUGGAACUGAAUGAUGAAGAUGCAGAACAUGUUGUGGACCACGCUGAAGCAGAUCUCCUGCAGGACCAAGAAGGCUAUCGAUGGAAAGGUCAUGAGAAACUAAAGACUCGAGAUGGACCUGUUCGAUUUGAAGCUGGUUUUCAGCCAUUUGUCCUUGUCCAAUGUCAGCCACCGGCUGUGGUCACCUCACUGGCCCUUCACUCUGAAUGGAAGCUUGUGGCCUUUGGUACCAGUCAUGGUUUUGGGCUUUUUGACCACCAGCAGAAACGACUGGUCUUUGUCAAGUGUACACUGCAUCCCAGUGACCAACUGGCCUUAGAAGGCCCACUGUCUCGGGUGAAAUCCUUGAAGAAGUCCCUCCGUCAGUCGUUCAGGCGGAUCAGAAGAAGCCGGGUGUCCAGUAGGAAGCGACGAGGAGGUAGUGGAAAUGCCUCAGAGGUGCAAGAAGCAAAUGCCAAAUUUGACCAAGACGCAUUGCAGGAAAUGGAACUGGCUCCAGUCCAGCGGAAGAUUGAAGCCCGGUCUGCAGAAGACUCUUUUACUGGCUUUGUGCGCACCUUGUAUUUUGCUGAUACCUUCUUGAGAGACAGCUCCCGCCACUGCCCGUCCUUGUGGGCAGGCACCAAUGGAGGUACAGUCUACGCCUUCUGUUUACGUGUUCCUCCAGCAGAGAGGAGGAUGGAGGAACCUGUCAGGGCAGAGCAGGCCAAAGAGAUUCAGCUGAUGCACAGGGCUCCUGUUGUGGGUAUACUUGUCUUGGAUGGACGCAGCACUCCCCUCCCAGAACCUCUAGAAGUAGCACAUGACCUUUCUAAGAGUCCUGAUAUGCAAGGCAGCCAUCAGCUGCUGGUGGUUUCUGAAGAGCAAUUUAAGGUUUUCACAUUACCCAAGGUUAGCUCCAAACUGAAGCUCAAGCUGACGGCCCUGGAGGGCUGUAGGGUACGAAAGGUGACGGUUGCAAACUUUGGCAGCUGCAAGACUGACGAUUAUAGUGAAAAUGACCUGGCUGUCCUGACUAACCUGGGAGACAUUCAGAUCAUCUCACUGCCCUUCCUCAAGCUACAGAUCCGCUACCCGUGCAUCCGCAAAGAAGAUGUGAGCGGCAUUGCGUCCUGCGUCUUCACCAAAUAUGGCCAAGGUUUCUAUCUGAUCUCACCGUCGGAGUUUGAGAGGUUUUCCCUUUCUACCAAAUGGUUAGUGGAGCCCCGGUGCGUUGUGGACGUGCCAGAAGUUACAAGCAACAAUCAUGUGCACAACAAGUCUGGCAUGGAGAAUGCUGCAAGAAAAUCCAGGGGAUCAGGAAGGAGUUCGGGUGACUAUGGAGAAGAUGAAAGGAAGUCUGGGAGGCUGAUGGAACAUGCCUUACUCAAUGAUGAAAAAGUCCUGAAGGAGAUCCAGAGUACUCUGGAGGGGGGCAGAGGGAGCUAUGCAGAAAGAAAUUUGGCAAGAAAUCCAUUAGGACAUGGACUAAGUAAUGGAGGAGAUUGACCAGAAUUCAUCAAGGAAUUUCUGGCAUCGGAUUGAGUGCCAUAAACACUACUGAUUGGGCAAACCGUCCCUGGGGAGAGGGCACCACUGCUCCCUGCAUCGCAGGCUAGUGAGCUGCAAUUUGCAUGCAUCUGCAUGCCUGCCUCUGCCUCCCCUCUUAGUGCCUCAUUAGAGACAUCUCCUCUUGGAGCCCGCCUUGCAUUAGGACAGAAGCGGAUCGCCAGGUCUGAUGCACCACAAGCCUCUGAGUACAUCUAACUUUUAAAUGUUUGCACAUUUCUCUUUUCUACUGGGCUGGGUUUUAAAUUAUAAAUUUAACUGCCUCGGUGCAGGAUUUUAAUAAACGCACACUGUUACCUCCAACUGGUUUAAAAUUAUUUUUUUUUGUACAAUUUUUUAAAAUCGUAUGGGUAUUUCAGUUUUAACGGAAACAUUUUAGAAAUUUACUUUUUAAAAAAACAUUAAAUAAUAUAUGCUAGAUUCCUGUGACUGCUGUAUGUGGUAUCUGAAUGAGUAAUUUUGGGUUUUGUUUGUUAUGGUACUGUUAACUGGCUUUAUGGAUUUGGGUAGAAUCUAUUUUUGUAGCCAUUCAAAUCAGAGGAGAACUAAUUGAACUUGAUUUUUGUUUCAACACUACGUUGCUCUUUUUUGGAAAUAAAACUCUGAAUUCCCUUUUGUGA